ACUCUUAUUCGACAAGCUUUUAUUUAUCUUUUUACAAGCUCUCUUUUUUUUUGGGAGAGGAAAAAUGUUGGGAGUAUUUAGCAGUGAGAUAGUGUCCCCACCGGACGAGUUGGUGGCGGCCGGUUGCCGUACUCCGUCCCCUAAGAUAUCGGCGGCCGCUCUGGUGAAACGGUUCCUGGAGACGAACUCCUCCGGUGUGUCCAUGCAGAUCGGAGAUCAUGCUCAAUUCGCUUAUUCACACCAUAACGAGUCCCCUUUUCAGCCCAGAUCAUUUGCUGUGAAAGAUGAAAUCUUCUGCAUGUUUGAGGGCACCCUUGAUAACUUGGGGAGUUUGAAGCAGCAAUAUGGGCUUGCAAAGUCAGCAAAUGAGGUGAUAUUGGUUAUUGAAGCUUACAAGGCUCUUCGGGACAGAGCGCCUUACCCUCCAAAUCAUGUGGUUGGCCAUCUGAUUGGGAGCUUUGCUUUCAUUGUCUUUGACAAGUCCACAUCCACUUUGUUUGUGGCUUCUGAUCAAUUUGGUAAGGUUCCUCUCUAUUGGGGAAUCACUGCCGACGGAUAUGUGGCCUUUGCUGAUAAUGCUGAAUUGCUUAAAGGUGCCUGUGGCAAAUCUCUUGCUUCUUUCCCUCAAGGCUGUUUCUACUCCACAGCAAUUGGGGAAAUAAGAAGCUAUGAGAAUCCCAAGAACAAGAUAACUGCUGUUCCUGCUGAAGAAGAGGAGAUAUGGGGUGCUACAUUUAAGGUGGAGGGACCAGCCGUUGUAGCUGCCACAGAGUAGCUCUUUCCCCUUAGUGUCUAAAGCUAUGGAUCCAUGGAAGUUUAUGUUAAAGCAAAUGGAUCAGCCUCCAUGUGAAUACCAAUAGUGUUGACUAUUUGUAGAAUGAAAAAAAGGGGGAGGAUGACUGUUUGCUUAUGAGAAAUGGAUCAGUAUAUGUUGUUCUUA